AAAGCAUAUCGACGUCAUUACAAGCGAUGACGUUAGGUAUAUCAAGUGACUUGAGAUGUUUAAGCGAUGAAGUUAAUAAAAUCUCAAGUCUCACUAUGGACCUGACAACUAGUGCUCCAAUGCGCAAUAAUCCAAUGUUAGAGUUGGACAUUCUGGACGAGCUGAAGUCAUUAUCAGCAAACAUUAUGACAGUACAUAGUACUGCACCUUUGACUCUGUCUCCGGAUUUGUGUCCCAGCCUGGACUCAGAAAUAAACAAUACAAAUAAAAAUAACAACAAUAAUGAUGCCACUGACUCAGGAUGGAGACUUCUUGGUACCCGGAAGGUGUGGAGACCAGAUUGGACGGACUACGACGCUCGUGUAUCGCGCCGCUUGAGUCAGCAAAAAUUGGCUGACAAGGCUAAAAAAUGGAGGAAGCAGAACACAUCACGUCAAAAUUUAGGCUACAACAUCCGUAACAACAACAUCCGUAAUAACAACAACAACAACAACAACAACAACAACAACAACAACAACAACAACAACAACAACAACAACAACAACAACAACAACAACAACAACAACAACAGCAACAACAACAACAACUACAACAAUAACAAAAUCAACAACCAGCACCAAAAUCAAAGCAGAAACGACAACUACGAUGUUUACUUCUACAACAACAGUCGUAACAGGGAUAAUAGUGACAUCAAUCGCAGAAACAUUGGACUGAAUCGCGCCCACUUACUUCCGUCUGAUAGAGAGCUUCUUGCAGUAGCGAAAGAUCGCUUCUCCAGGCCACCGACUAAUUAUCGUCCAACGAUGCAAUUUCAUCGAGGUGAAAUUCUAAACCCAUAUCCGGAGAGCGAAUCUCCAUGUACCAUUCCUGCGCCUAACCGGAUGAUUUCAGCUACUGCAUGUGAGGCAUGUUCAAGUUCAUGCAGGCAUUCGUGUUUUCGACUAAAUUGACGAGUCAUCUAGAGGAAAGUCCCAACGAUGACAAUGUUUUUGAAGAACUGGACAACUUUCACGAUUUGACGACCUCUCGACAGCAGGAAGGAGAGUCUAUUUGGUGAGGCUACCAAUCACCUUAUCAUCGUAUUUUAAUGUGAUUUAAUGGGUUUUAAUUCAAUUCAUAUUCAAGCAACUUCCCCGGGGUACCCGGAACAUGUCCAAGUGUGUCCAAUGUGGUCUGGAACACUUAACACGACUUGCAUUGAUCUUAUUUUUGAAUUUUGUAGUAAUUUGAUGUGUCGCAUGAUGGUUUUAAUACGUUUUCCGUUAAAUCCAGCGUGA